AUGUUGCUGCUCCUCCUGCUUGCUGCUGCUCCUCCUCCUCCUGUUGCUGCUUCUCCUCCUCCUGUUGUUGUUUAUCCUCCUCCUGUUGUUGCUUAUCUUUUACCUCCUGUUGUUACUCCUCCUCCUGCUACUGCUACUGCUGCUGCCGCCGCUAAAACUCCGGGAAAUACUUCUAUUGCUAUUACUGCUAGCAGUAGUACUGCUAUUAGUGCUAGUGCUGCUAGUAGUUAUAGUAUUGCUAGUGCAGCUAGCAUUAAAGCUAGUGCUGCUAGUAGUUCUAGUGUUGCUAGUGCAGCUAGCAUUAAACCUAAUGCUGCUAGCAGUUCUGGUGUUGCUAGUGCAGCUAGCAUUAAAGCUAAUGCUGCUAGUACGUGCACUUCCAGUGCUACUAGGAGUACUAGUGCUACAUAA